AUGAGUUCAGAAUAUAAACCCAGGUCAAAGCUUCUGCAUGCUGACAUCAUAAAAGAUUGUAAACAAACCAGUCCAGGACCUCCAACAAAGUAUCUGCUAAUGACAGAGAAAGAGAUUCUGCAUGACAGUGAAAAUAUCAGGCGAUGGACUUUUGGUAAAAAGGACCCGAGCAAAAUGAACCGAACGAUAUUGAUGAUGGGAGAAACUGGAUCAGGAAAAUCAACCCUCAUCAAUGUGAUGGUGAACUACAUCCUUGGCGUAGAGUGGGAGGAUAAAUACAGAUUUGAAAUCAUUGCUGAUGAGAGUAAAAGUCAAACUAGUUCACAAACAACUGCCCUCACUGUGUAUGAGAUCUUUGGUCACGAAAGUGAUCACAUUCCAUUUUCUCUAACCAUCAUCGACACUCCAGGAUUUGGGGACACAAGCGGAAUAGAACAAGACAAACUCAUCACAAAACAUCUACAGGAGCUGUUUCAAUCUCCAAAAGGAGUCCACCACAUUGAUGCAGUGUGCUUUGUUGUAAAAGCUGCACAAGUGCGCCUCACACCUACACAGCGGUACAUUUUUGAUUCUGUCCUCUCAAUUUUUGGAAAGGACAUAGAAAAUAACAUUGUGGCACUCAGUACUUUUGCAGAUAGUGGGGAGCCUUUAGUCCUUCAAGCACUGGUAACGGCAGAAGUUCCAUGUGUCAGAAAUGAAAUUGGUACACCUGUUUACUUCAAAUUCAACAAUGUGUUUGCUGGUUUACAAAUGGAUGAAGAUGAAGAACAUAACGAAGAAGAGGAUGAAGACGAGGAAGAGGAGGAAAAUGAUGAGCUGGAUGAGAUCGCUCUGAGACCAAAUCCAAUGAGUGCAGCCAUAUACCUUGAACUCCUGAUAGAAAAAGCGCAAAGGGAUCACAACCCCGAGAGAGUCAAGACACUGACAGAUAUGAAAGAGCAAGAAAAGCUGAAGAGUAACUUCGCCAAUCUUGUCGAUGAAUAA